UUGACUUUAUAAUCUAGAUCUAUUUCCAAAUCGAUAGAAACAGAGGAAAACCAGAAGAAAAAAACUGAAGCCAAUCUCGAACACUUUGCCCACACUUCUCUAAAACCAUCUUCUCUGAAGCCAAUCUCUAAAGCCGUCCAAAUCCAAUUUUCCCCAAAUCCAAUCUUCUUUGAAAUCAGAUUCAGUUCCCCACAUCCGAAAACCCAAGCUUCCAACCCCCCAAAUCUAAUAGCGCGAGCAUCCGAUCUUGUGCGAAUCAUUCUCUUUCAUGGUCUCAUUUCGUUGUCUUGAUGACCUUCACUGUCUCCAGCUUGAGCUACCCAGAGUUUUAGGAUUGACGGGCCUUGUCCAAAAUCGAUUCUCAAGCCAAGUCAGACCCGCAUCAACUACCAUGGAAGCCCAGCAAAUUGAGACAUGCGGUUCAUCUUAAGAUAUAAAGCUCUUGCUUGUUGAGAUGGGUGUGGGCUAGGACCAGCAUGGGUGAGCUUCCUUCUUCCCACUUUACUUUGUUCUUGCUUUCUUUCACUAUUUGAUGUUGCUCAGUUGGUGUAAUUCUGAGUUAUGGUCAUUAAAGAUAUCUAUGUUUAUGCUAGAACACAUUUGAUGAUUGCCCAUUCAAGUGUUUUGUGUAGUUUUGAUCAUGAAAGAUAUGUACUUUGAUGCAAGAACACAUUUGAUGAAGGCAUAUAUCCCUUUCAAGUAUUUGUCAGAUUUGGGUUGUUGAAGGCAUAUAUCCCUUCGAAAAUACUGUCUAUAAAAGAAAGGAGGGAAUGUGAUACUAAACAGGGUGCCUCCGUUAACUCUGGAGUUGCUCGGAAAGCUAAGAAUAAUUCAAGAACGAUGAGACAGAUUGCAGUUUGUGUCAAACCCAAGUAAUCUCUUCCUUCUCUCACUCUCUAUUUCUCUCUCAGUUCCUCUACCAAUCUUCACUUAACAUUUCAUUUCUCAGGUAAUUCCAGAUCUCCCCUUCUCCCAAUUUCAUCUUCUUUCUUUCUGCAACAAAUCUUUCCCGUCUUUCUUGUAAUUUUAGUUUCUGGGUUGAUCCCAACACAGAACCCAUCUUGUGUUUCGCGUCUGGUAAUGUAGGAAAGCUAAAGAUCAAAUCUUUAUAUGUUUAAGUUUCCAAGAAACAGAUUAAAGUAAAACCCUUUAGCUAGUAUAGCUCCAUGGAGCUUUUCUGAUUACUCAACUACCCAAUUUCUUUGGUUGGUUGGGUUUAGGUCUUUGUUUCUGUAAUCAAGAUGUUUAAAAGGGGUUGACACUACUUACAUUAUUCAACAUAGAAGAAUAGGCUGAGUUGCAGCCUCAGAAAAUGAGUUUUAUAGGACUUCAACUUGGUAAAGUAGUGUAAGUUUGCAAUGUAUAUUGUUUACUAUGAUUUAUGCUCGAAGAUUUCGUAUGGUUUUGAAUGUCUUCAGGGUAAUUCUGUGGUUGGAAAAAUUUGAGGUGGUUAAAGUUGUGGCAUUUUUGGAAGAUUGAAUUUGAUGGAAGUGGAUGGAGGAAGAGUGGUAGAAGUGUCUACGGGCGAUCUAUCUGUUCCACGACAUACCAGAAAACAUAAAGCUUUCUAUCAGUUUACUCAGCAGAACCUCCCUGCUUGUAAACCUGUUCUCACACCAGCAUGGGUGAUUACUACAUUUUUGUUGAUGGGUGUCAUAUUCAUACCUCUUGGGCUUAUUACUCUUCAUGCCUCUGAUAAUGUUGUUGAAAUUGUGGACCGGUAUGAUAGUGAAUGUGUGCCAGAAGCAUUCAGAAGCAAUAAGGUUGCAUACAUCAAAGAUGAUUCAAUUCCCAAAAACUGUUCUCGAUGCUUAAUCUUCUUGUAAACUUGAAGCUCCAUUCCUUUUGGAACAUUAUUGAGAAAAAUUAAAAUGUAACAUUCCUUUUGGCAUCAUUAAAUUUACUCUUGUUUUGUACGGUUC